AUGAAGAUAUCUUUUCUUACGACGCCUUCCAUGGUUCAGGGUCAGGUCUAUGUUCGCCGAUCAGAAGAAAACGUCCAUUCUAGCAUUCGCUACGUAGGACAUUGGACUCGGGUGACCUGCGACCUCAAACUCUCAUUGCCAUUGAGACCAUCGUCAGCCAAUACUGCCCCCGAGCUACAACCUUUCCCCCACACUCUUGGCAAUUCCGGGAUUCGAGCGAAACAUCACCGACCCAGUUUCUCGUCGCCCAUCCACUCUCUUCCCAAGUCCCCACCCCCGGCCCGUCUGCCAGACCCGUUUCUGUUUCCAGUGUCUCCAUUCCCACCGCCGGCUGAUAGUGAGAGCCGCCAAGGUUCUCAAUUGGAAUUCACGAUGGGUUUCCAGAUUGACGACGAAAUUUGGUGCAAUGGACCCCUGCGAAUAGGCAAUUUCUUCAUCGUCGAGGGCUUGCAUGUGUCAACGCCGGCUGCAGAGCUGGAGCCUGGACGCAAACCAGAUCAUUCGGAGCCGAUGGCUCGCAGCUCGGUCGCAGUAAGCUUUGGCCUUCUGGCGCAGACACAGAAUGACUGGGGACAUGAGCGUUCCUCCAACUUGAGACUCAAAGUUGAGUUGAUUACGAGUGCAGCGCCUGCGGGCAUUGGAUUCAAUACCACGGUCCUCAUAGGAGCUUGGUGCUUACGCAAAGAGGGACAUAGGCAGGUUCUGAAGCGACAUCGACGCCACAAGCGGAAGAACCUCAUACUAUCACACGAACGUCCUUAUUGGGAGAUCGACUUUGACAGAAACUGUCGUCAAAGCCCAAUCAUCCGGCUGCCUGAUGAGCUGCUGCUACCCAUAAUGGAUGGUCUUGAGCCAGUCGAUCUUUACAUGGUACGCCAAGCAUCAUUUACCUUUUGGCAUAUUUAUCAGGGAAAAGAAGUCAAGAAGUUCCGGCGUUCAGAGGCCAUUUCCCGGGCACGCAGGACAGUGUCUGACAAGGAGACUUUCGCGUGCCACCUAUCGUCAUAUUACCAAUACACUAAGCAGGAUGAAAUGCAUUGUUCUCGCUGUGAAUUGCCCUACAGGCACUUGGUAUUCUCUGCCGAAGAGCGCAAGAAGCGCCGAGAUGUUCGUCAGUGUAUCGCGCACGACGGGUUCAUACGGCUUUGUUCUCAUCUUACGGUGCCGUUCUCUUGGGUCUGGGAUAAGACACGUUCGAAGCAAGCCGAUUCAGAUGAAGCCCGUCAAAUCAGAUAUGACUACAAUGUAUUCCUUGCGGCCAAAGAUUGCCGCGAGUCACUCUACGCAUUACCAAGGAUCUUUAAUUGGCUACGCAGAGUGAUGGUCACGUGGGAGUUGCCGUUAUUUAGGAUAGUCGAAAACGAAGCCAUCACUGUGGGCUUCAUUACGCAGAAGCUGAAGGAAUUUCAAACCAAGUACGGCAAUGUCCUUUGCUCUCACUUGUGCCGACACGGAAUCACCUCUCAACUACUCAGGGCUCUCGACCCCCGUCACUGCGGCUAUCUAGGCGGAAACAGCCGGAUUGGGCGUCUCGUUGCCUGCAACGAGGCCCGAUGGGGGACUCGAGACUAG